GAGGUAUACAAUUGUUGUUGUAGAUUCAUCUUGAUAUUGGCGCUACAACAGACUCGCUACUACUGAUACCAGAGCCAAUCUCAUGCUCAGCUUGUCUGUUGGGGCCUCCAGGAUUCAGCCUCAGGCUGAGUCUGACAAUACUGCGCCAAGGCGGAUCCUUCGAACCAUAUGACUCUCUACAAGCAUGGCUCAUCAAAUCAGGCAGAGCGCACAGAUCAUUCGAUGUGCUUUCGAGAGCAGCUAUAUAAGCCCACGUGCCUAUAUGCGAAAAUCUUGAGCCACAUCACGACCCGCCAAUAUGAGCAUCUCUUCACAGCACCUCACCACUAUAGUGGACAGCAAACCACAGGGACCGCUCGGAACAUUCAUACCAGGCCAGACCAUCUCGGGCAAGGUCGUCUACAAUCCUCCGACCCAAGUUGACAUCGACCAAGUCCUCAUCAUAUGCAAAGGGACCUGCUACACGAAGAUUACAGAGCGUCAUGGAAACCACACCAGUCACUAUCGCGAGAAGAUAACUUUGUUCAGAGACCAAGAUACGAUCUUCCGGGGCCCUCACACUAUACCAUCGGGCAGAUACGAAUGGCCCUUUCGCUUUGAGUUACCCAUCGGAACGGAUUAUCUUCGCAAAGAGCGUUCUAAGGAUCACAUUUUCCAAUUAGGCUCGCAAGGGCUGCCUCCAACCUUCAACUUUUACAGCGCAGGGUUCUCCACACCUCCAGAAGCGAAGAUCACAUAUCAGCUUAAAGUGAAGAUCAAUCCAGGGAGGGUGUUGCGUACAGCCCAAUCGAGGCUUGAGCUACCUCUGUGGCCCAUCUCCCCGACUCCUCUGGAAGCACCGCUACCUCUGGAUGGCCCAUGUAGAGGUGACGGGCGCUUCAAGAGUAAAGCUUUACGACCAACCCAGCAUACUUUUAAAGAGAAGGUGAGCCAUGUCUUUGGUAGUGAUCCCGCCUUGAAGACUCCUGAGAUCAAUAUUGCGGUAUCGUUCAAGAUGCCGCGUUGCGUCAGCGCAGCGCAGGUCAUGCCAUUGUCAUUUUCGUGCAAGUACACCAGGAGUGGACAGAACGAUCCCGAAGCUCCGGAAUUAGCUUUCGAUAGCUGCCAAUUCGUCCUCAAGGCGCAUGUAGAUGCCAGAGCCAAGGGAACGAUCGAUGACCAUUACAAAAAUGGAAAGUCGACUGUCAUUGAUCAUUGCAUGCCCGGUAACAAGAUGUUACUGCCACUCGACGGCUCAUGGGUACCCAUCUCAAAUUCCGUCCGCCUGGCGGACAUGACCAAGCGGGUCCCUCAUCACCUGGCUCCAAGUUUCAAGACUUUCACAGUGGCCAUUUCAUAUACGAUGACUGUUAAAAUGCGCAUUCGCCAUCUUCAGCUGGGGCAUGUCUGGCAACUCGAGAGCAAAUUUCCCUUUGAGAUACUGCCCGGAGAGGUUGAAGUGCCCGCAUACGCUGAGCAGCAGCAGGCAGCGUCUAUUGAAGCUGGACCGUCAGCACUGUAUCCCCCUCAACUUCAGGCGGGCAACAAUAUACCAUCGAGCUCUGCUGUUCUGCCAGGAUACGAGCCAGCACCGGCACCGCCGUCGUACAAUUCAGGCGAUGUUUGGACGGCUGCUACCGACGCUAAGAGGACGAACUAGCAUGGCGGAUUAUCAACAUCUUGAUGGCUUGCUCUCACUACGCAUUUGAGUGUUGCAUGUAUGCACGAUGAUCUUAAGAAUUCGACUUUCGACAAGUCUCUUCCCCUCGGCGCUUACAGAUCAAGUCCUGGACGUCGAGCACGGAAGUGGCUCCGUACUAACCGUAUUACUGUAUGCUUUGUCAGGGAGGAUCAUGGCGGCAGACUUCCGUGCACGAGCAGGUGUAUUUUUGUGCCAAUGACGCGUUUUCAUGAGCUGUGCCUGAGUUAUUCUUUUUUCCUGUUCUAUACCCCUUAUACCCUUGCAACCGUGGUUGCAGUACAAUCGAAUUCCCCAUUUCGCAAUGUGCACACGCGCGCUUACUUGGAGAUGACUCUGUUUGGUGUAGACAUCUUACAUGAGUGUAUGAGGAAACCAAACAACGGAUCGUGUGAAUCCACAAAUACCUCGGGCUAACCAGAUCUGCGAUACCAACCAAAGGG